AUGGCUUGGAUUGCUUGGAACAAAAUACAAUGUUCAAAAUCUGAAGGGGGCCUUGGUAUGCGUGAUCUUCAUGUGUUCAAUAAAGCUUUGUUAGCCAAACAAGCGUGGAGAGUGCUCACUAAUACAAGCUCGUUGAUGGCGAGAGUUCUUAAGGGGAAAUAUUUCCCUAAUUCUGACUUCAUGAAUGCAAAAAUCUUAAGUGGAAUAAGCUACACUUGGCGUUCUAUUCUUUCUGUCAGAGAACUUAUUUCCAAGGGGGCUUUGAAGACUAUGGGAAAAGGCAAUAAUGUAGAUAUUUGGAAGGAAUCGUGGGUUCCAAAAUUACCAAAUUUUCGCGUCUUUACAAGGCAAAAUCCUAUCACUGAUGGCUGCAAUUAG